GAUUGUCAGCAAAUGCGAGCGAAUCGAACGAAACGUAAAUAAUAAUUAAAACUUAGUAACUAGUCAAUUUAUUUUAACUAGGAGAUGGAAGAUACGCCAGUAAAUUUCAUCAGAGAAUCAACGCGAAAUCUUUUAAAAUUAAAUAGACGCAUACACAGAGAUGUAGAGUCAGAUACCCGGCGCCACUUAGAAAAUAGAAGCAUAACCCCAGAAUUAAUAGCAGAUAUAGCCAACAGAUUGAAAAGUAAGCCUUCAGUCACCACGCAGGAACUGCAGAUAUUGAAGAAUGCCCUUGUAGAUGAUCAGAACAACCUGAAUGUAGUUUUAGGCACAAAUGGUGCAUUGCGAGGGCUGGUUAGAGAGAUAUCAGGAAUAAACGUAAAAAGACAAUGUGCAGCCGCUGGUUGCUGCUGCAAUCUCGCCCUUGGUGACUCCAAGUCUUGCCGUGCGGUCGCUAAAGCCGCAGGACCUUAUCUCGUUUCAGCUCUGGAUAAUUUGACCACUGAGCUGGCGGUAACAUGCGCAUGGGCCAUUGGCAACAUGGCAGGAUCCGGUACUAAUGUUUGCAACAUACUUAUAGCCCAGGGCGCGUUAACCAAACUGAUUGACCUUCAGGAUGGCCACGAGGACAUACGGGACGCGGCUCUUUAUGCGCUGGUCCAUUUCGUUUAUCAACUCAAAGAUAGUUUGAGCGUGGAACAUCUGGAAAAAAUCACGGCUGCCAUUUUCAAAAGGCAGUUUUCAAUGGCAUCAUCUCAACUUCUGUUCAUAAUAUCUUGCCAUGAACACUUCAACAAAACAGAAUUACCCGAGACAUUACUCCUAAAACUUAUACAAGCUACCAGUGUAAGUACCCAAAGACAUAUAUCUACCUGCAAAGGAAACCAGUGUUGUGAACUAAUAUAUUUGAUAAGGACUUUAGCUAAUGUUGUAAUAAAUGAAAAGUAUAGUACAAUAGUUUUGAAUCAGUUUAUAGUAGAAGACGUGUAUAAAUUAGGUUUAAAAAAAAUUGUUCAUUCAGAUAAUAAAAUUUUAGUGGAAUCUUUGUUGUGGUUAUUAGGAGUGUUACACAAAUAUUGUGAUCAGGAUAUCUUUCGACAAAUGAUAUUUGGUGCUUGAUUAUGUUUAUUGGAUAACCUCACUUAAUAUUAAAAUAAUAAAUUCCGUUAAAUAAUU